UGACCUGUCAAUGUAAUGUCACCCGAAGUAUUUUACUCACCAUUGCAGCCAAGUCUUCUCGGGACUAAGAAGCGAAGGAACAAUGGACGUGCCAAGAAGGGCCGUGGCCAUGUCCAGCCCAUCAGGUGCACAAACUGUGCCCGUUGUGUCCCCAAAGACAAGGCCAUCAAGAAGUUUGUUAUCCGAAACAUCGUGGAGGCUGCUGCAGUCCGAGAUAUUUCAGAGGCCAGUGUUUUUGAUGCAUAUGUGCUGCCGAAGCUGUAUGUGAAAUUGCAUUAUUGCGUCAGCUGUGCCAUCCACAGCAAGGUGGUGAGAAAUCGUUCCAGAGAGGCCAGGAAGGACCGCACCCCUCCUCCACGUUUCCGGCCUGGAGCUAACAUCCCACGUGGACCUCCUCCCAAGCCGAUGUAAACAUGAGCAAAUCUUGUCAUUUGGUUUGAAAUAAAAAUGUUGGACCACUGAAAA